AGAUAGAGGUCGUGGGACAUACCGGUGGCGGACGGCAUAUGCUGUGAAUUAAUACAGGGCCAGGGCAGGGGACGGGCGGCGGAACCUUAAAGUUAGUCUUAGAAUCCAUCACUUUUCAUCGAAUUAUAAUAAAAACUCCUGUUAAUAAAGAAGAAGACCUCUUAAAAAGUAUGAUGUCAGAAUUGUCAAGUAGACAGAAAGUGGCCCUGGCCAUUGCAUUACCAGCAUCUAUGGUUCUCAUCUAUCUCUUAUUCAAGAAGCGAGAUGAUUAUGAUGUACCAGCACCAUCCAAGCAUGUGGCUACUAUCCAAAGACAGACAAUUGAUAUGAAUAUCCCACAUAACAAGGUUGGACCUCUCAUUGGUCGGGAAGGCACCAAUAUCAAGAGGAUCCAGGCUGAAAGUGGAGCUCAGAUCAAGUUCUCUGAUGAAACCAAAAGAGAUGAUACAGCUGACAGACACCUCUGUAUCCAUGGUAACCGGGAUAGCAUCUUGCUAGCAGAGAGACUCAUCAACGAGUUCUUAGCAGAACAACCAGAAAUCAUCACUAAGACACUUAUGCUUCCCCAGCAAGCAGUAGGAAGGAUCAUUGGAAGACAGGGUACUAACAUUAGGAGGAUACAGAACAGCAGUAUGGCCAGAGUGAAGAUUGACAGAGAUGUUGUAGAAGGGAUAGAUACUCUCAGGCGUUGCACAAUCAGAGGAACUCUGACACAAGUGGACACUGCUGAGUACAUGAUAAGACAGGAAAUUAAUGAAAUGGAGGAUUACAACCAAAGGUUAGCUGAUGCAGCUGCUAAUAGGAAAGAAAGACCAACAGGGAAAUCAUCUAAUAAAAGUGUACAACCUAAACCGGUUUUAACCGUCGACACUGCACCUAAACCAGAAGAAUGGCAUGUAGACACCACUUCCACUGCACAGCUCCCAAAAAACAAAGAUUUCUUCACAGUUUACGUCUCGGCCGUGGAACAUCCAGGACACUUCUGGUUGCAGAUAGUCAGCAGCAAGGCCAAGGAUUUGGACCUAAUGCUUAUGAAUAUGACAGAGUUCUACAAUAAUCCAGAUAAUCAGAAGGCAUUUCAACCUGACAGUCUUCAGAAAGGUGAAAUUGUCGCUGCUCCAUUCUCUCAUGAUCAGAUGUGGUAUCGUACUCGUAUCCUUGGUUUCCUUGACGGUGACAUGGUAGACCUCUACUACGUCGACUAUGGGGAUUCUGAAGCCGUUCCCAAAUCAUCUGUUUGCACCUUGAGGGAUGAUUUUCUAAUUCUACCUUUCCAAGCUGUGGAAUUCUCACUUGCUAAUGUAUUUCCAUCAGGUGGUGAUGAAUGGACAGAGGAGGCAAUAGAAUACUUUGAGCAAUUAACUCAUGUUGCCAAAUGGAAACCACUUCAGGCCAAGAUAAUAGACUAUCAGAAUACAGAUAUUGGUACUAUACCAUGCAUUGAGCUCUAUGAUACUGCUGAUAGCUUUGAUAUAAACAUUGGAAAGCAGCUGAGACUUUAUGGGUUUGCCAAAUCAAGAAGAGACAAAGAGAGAGAAAUGACAAAAGAAAUGACAAGUCCAGAGGCAUCAUCUGCUUUACCCAGUGCUUCAGUACGAUCAGAAGGAGAUGGUGCACAUGAUACAGAAAACUAUGCAAGUUUAUGAUGUAAAUCAUAUCUCCACCUACCUAACAUCUGUGCUCUUUCUAUAUUGUGAUUGCUACCCAGAUAGAACAACAAACCAAAGAUAACAUGGGAAAUAAGCAUCACUAAUACCAAACACAAGUGGCAAUCAUGUGAUAUGCUUCAUUUUUUUAAAGUAUAUAAUGGAAACCAUGACCCAAGUGAUUUGUCAAGUUUGUUGUGUAGAUAGGCUGAAUUUUGACUUUUAGUUCAGAUAUGACCGUAAAUACAUUUUGGGUAUUUUGAAAAUGGUACUUCACAUUUAUUUGAUUAUGACAUUUGUAAGGGUUUUGAGGAAAUAUUGGUUUAAUAUGUUCAUCCAAAAUUCUCACCUAUAUUGCUAACAUGUCGCAUUAUGAGAAUGUUUAAUCACAUCUCAAUUCAUUUGAAAGAAUUGUAUGCAUACAGUUCUCUUUUACCUCUUUAGUUAACCUUGUAAUAUACCAUAAUUCAUGUAAUGAUAGAAAUUGGUUAGAAUGUUAAAUACUUUUCACUUUUGACAAAUUGGAGUGUUUACUAUGCUCAAGAUCUCUUUUUCACUUCAAAAAGUAAAUGUGAUUUCUACAUUAUUACACUUAACAUUGUUUUUAGUCUGCCUAUAUCCUUGCUCUAUCUUCCCCCUAAGUGAUUGCAUUGAUAGUUUUGGGGUAUGUUUUGUCCAUGCAUACAAUGGAAAUUCAUAUUUUAUUAUAUACACACUUUGAAUUAAAUCAUUUAGUACAUGGUGUGUGUUGACCCCAAGAAAUUUUCUUUCUUAACAUUAUUUUUAUUAACGAUUAUUGCUUGAUACCGGGGUGCAAAGCUCUACUUUGUAUUCAAAUUAAAUUAUUUAUUUGUAAGAUUUGUUCUUAAGAUAAUUUAGCUACAAAGGUUUUCUGCCCCAAGUGGUGAUACAUCGAAGAUUAUGGAAUUGUGGCUAAAGCAUGAAAUCACAAUUGUGUGUGCAAAAUACGUUCAUAUCUCUGUUGUCUUGCUUGGCCCUGUGCUUAAGUGUUGGUAGAGUGAAAUGAUUGCACUGAUCUACAUGUAGAUUUGCCAGAAAAAUAUUCAUUGAAAUCUAUAAGCAACAAAUCAGAAUGAUUUUGAUUAUAAACUCAGUACCAUCUAUAUAGUGCAUGUUGGGAUGUCCCUAUUAAAGAAAGAGUAAGAAUGAAAUAUGAAUAGGGAUUAAUAAAGGGGAAAGAAGCAUGCUCAACAUACUACAAAUUAUCAUUGGAAAGUGUUUUUGAAAAGAAAUGUAUUUUGUUUGGUAUAUUGAACUUUGUGUGGGGCAACAAGAAUUCAUAUUGACUAAUCGUCUAUAGUAUAACAAGUGUUUCCUAAAUUCAGCCUGUUGGAAUAGCAGUAACAGUAAAUGCUAUAUACCAAAGAUGAAUGGUUUCAUUGAUUUGCUGUUAUUUUCACUCGCUUUCUUCUGAUUUUUCAGCAUGUUUCAACUCUUUCAAUUGCAAAUUCAAUGAUUUUUAUUUAACUGCUGCAUGUGAAUGAAAGCAUUGAUAUCGUCAGGUUAGUUUUGUGUUUCCUAGAAUUUAAAAGGACUUCAGAAUGAAUAAAACAUGAUUUUGUUUAUGUA